GGCUUUCAUCCCCUCACUCGCUCCACAUUCAUAACCACCAUCAACAAGGCCAUGUGUGCAGUGGGUAUUGAACCACUACCUGGCCAUGGCAUCUGCAUAGGGGCCACACUGGAAUACCUGCUACAUGGUGUUCCCUUUGCAGUUAUGAGGGUCAAACACCACUGGGCCAGCGAUACAUUCACAGCAUAUUUACGGAAGCAUGCACAAAUACUAGUGCCUUACAUGCAAGCGACACCUGAAACACACAGCCCUCAUCAGACAUACGGUGGACCUUCCACCAAUAAGAUAAUGAAUUAG